GUCAAUAACAGAAGGUGUGUCAUGGGGUUCCUUUUGUUUGCUGCUUUAACAGCAUUUUAAAAUACACAGUUUCUUUAUAUAAUUUUAUAGUUUGUCAAAAACUGUUUAAAAAUCUCAUAUUUAUAAACUCUUUGCCAACAAAUACGCAUGAUAUGGCCAGAAAAACCUCUUGUGACACGGUGACCUGGCCUUUAUCGGCUCACCGAGAAUUAAGCCAAUCAGAAUGCUCGUUUUGUCGGUCGAUUACAUGUCCAGUCGUACCAUUUGGACCAUUUGUAACCAAAAUAUUGACGUUUGAGGCAGUUCAACAUGUAAACAAAAAUAAUUUGGCCAGUGAAACUUCACAAAUCGCAUGAAAGAGAGUUUAACAAGACACAAAUGGCUGCCAUAACCAAAAAAGACUUCCUUAUGCGAAAUGGUUUUAUUGUCAGUAAGAUUCGAUACAGUCACUACUGCUCAGGCGUUCGACGUAAACACCUUGCAUCAUACAGAGGAGUGUAUUUGAAAUUUCAGCGUAACAUGGGUGCAUUGAAAAGCAAGUCAAACACUUGGACAAAGCUUCGUUACAGCAUGUCAAACACCAUAUCUGGAUAUCAAGAAUAUCUUGGUCACAUGUCAAAGAAUUUUCGCCGCCAGGGAAAGGUCGCUCACUCAGUUGCAGUUCAAACAGUUUCAGUUGAUGGAGCAGAGAACUUUAACGUGCAAGCCCAGUGUCAGUCAACAGACGCUAAUGACGAUUCUUUAGAUGCUAAGAUUACUGCAGAAGUUAAAAACCAAAGAAACAAUGUUGAAAAUAAGAUACAGGAUAUUAAGGAUACAGUUAAAAUAGUAAAGGACAGAAUCGCAGAUAAAAAUGGUGAUGAAAGUAAUGAGCAUCCUGAGUGGGUAAAGAGAAUUUUGGAGACUGGGGAGCUUAAUUUAGACGAUUCCAACUUUCUUAAGUCAAUCGCUGUUGAACAAAGCAGGCCUAAUGAAACAAGUGCUUUAUCAAAAACAUAUUCAAACUCCAAACUUUCUUCCAAAGUUAGUCUUCACGGUGACCAUGUAAGUUUGGCAAAAGGACAAAAAAUGGGUGAUCUAAGCCAGGCAAAAGAAAAUGACUCUAAUGCUAACACUUCCGAAGAACCAAUUGACUCAAAUGUAAAUGCUACCACUGAUGCAUUAUCUGAAGAAAUUUUAACAAAAAAUGAAAGUUUGGAAAAUAAAACUCAUUUGAAAGCUAACAAAAAAGAAACAAAUACGCCUGCGUCUUUGUAUUCUUUGAGCAGAAUACGAGAAGGUGUAACAAACUGGACAAGACAAAAUAAAACAUCAUCCUUAAAUACACAUCCACAAAAAGGUACGUCUCGGUCACAUUUGGAUAGCCCUCAGUUGCCUGCUCUUGCCAAGAAACAGGACCCAAAACAAACCCCACAAGACAGCUCCUACUUGAAUUAUGUCUGGAACCUGCCACAAAACAUUCAGACCAGUUUGGGAUUCUCAAAACCACCUGCUGCAAACCCAGACGCAGAUAUAACCAGGAAAACAUUGGAAGAAAUGAAGUCAGAUACAAAGUUGAAGGAGCGGACAACCAGUCUGUGUGAUAAUUUAUGCAAUGCGCAGUCAGCCUUGUCUAAGAAACAACGUUUAGAUGACCUAUGCAACCAUUUCCUUCAAAAUCCAAGUUUUCGACAUAUUGCUACCCAGCAUAAAGUGUAUUCAGUACUACUGAAGAUGAGAGAAGAGAGUGGCAACACAGAGCUGGUAGCGAGGUCCAAUGAAGCCCUGACCUUGAUGGGUCAUGUGAGUCCACCUAAAGGUCACGGAAUACGAAUGCUGUCCCUGGAUGGAGGGGGAACUAGAGGACUUAUAGCAAUCGAAAUGAUGAUACGACUGGAACAGAAAGCUGGAAGACCCAUUUAUGAGCUGUUUGACCUAGUGAUAGGUAGCAGCACGGGGGCCUUGCUGGGUGUGCUGGCCUUCAUGCUGCGAUAUCCACUCAAGGAAUGCAGAGACCUUUACAUAGAAAGAAGUCGUCUCAUAUUCUCUAAGAGUAGCUGGACCCAACAAGUGAAGAAUUUCUCACAGUUUGAUGCCAUCGUCUUCGAAGAGAUUGUUAAACAAUUCGUUGGUGAGAAGCCUCUGACAUUCUUUGCUCGGAAUCAACAUCUACCAAAGAUGGCUAUCACCUCCUGUCUGGCCAACUACAACAAGUGGCGUCGCUUCAUGUUUCGCACGUAUAACCUGCCUCCCUGCAUGGUAGCCGAUCACGAGGGCACGUGUAACGCCAAGACAUGGGAGGCCAUUAGGGCGUCCGGUGCCGCUCCGAUCUACUUCAAGGAGUUCAAACUCGGGGAUUACGUGUUUUUGGAUGGAGGCUUACUUGACAACAACCCCACACAUCUUGGCAUCCAUGAGUGCAAGCUUCUAUGGCCCAAUGAGAAGUUCCAAUGUGUGGUCUCCCUGGGCAACGGUCGCUAUGACCCGUACCAGCGUGCCAACAAGCCAGACAACAGCGCCUGGGCCGCACUCAGUGGGGUACCUAGGGGACUGUUAGAGACUGCAACAAACACUGAGACUGUCCACCGGAUCCUCAAGGACACGACGGCCCCAGGAACGUACUUCCGGCUGUGUCCGUAUGUCACAGAGGACUACAACUUGGCCGAGGUAAGGGAGGAGAAGGUCCAGCAGAUGAGGCAGGAGACCAACGCCUACAUCGACAAUAACGAGGCCUACACUCGCAGCAUUGUGGACAAGUUACGGGAGGAACGUUUGACGCAUCAGCGACUCCUGGAUAAGGCCUCACACUGGCGGAUGACGCACGAUUAUUCCCUUGAGUGGAUCAAAACUGCACAUAUUCGUCCGAGUAAGUCUAGCUAAUGGAGUGAGACUGGAGUUCAUCUCAUCUUUGCCUCUGGUCCCGCCUGGGUCCCGUCUGGGACCAACGACAAGCUUCCUACAGAUGUAGCAGUUUUAUGUUGUUCAGUGUGUUUUUUGCAAGCGGCUUUUCACAGGUUAUGGUUGUUGACCCUCCGCCCAACCUUCCUUUUCUAUCCACUCAGAAGCGUGUAAUGCCUCAGGAAUUACUUUAUUGAUUUAAAAAUCACAGUAAUGUUUAUAUUUUCUAUUCACACCCAGCACUUUCAAGCAUUACCAUAAUUAAGCGUAAUUCGUAGAUAUUAAACAGUUUUCUAGUGAAGUAAUCAUCUAUCCCUUGCAUUUUAACUGAUGCUAUGUUGAUAAAAAUAGAUUAUUUUUUUUGGACUUUGGCUUUACAGAUUUUAAAACGUUUUGUCAUUAUAAUGAAGCAACAUUGCAAUAAGUUGUCAAGAUUUAAGAGUAACAUAUUUGUUAAAUUUAUUUGAAGAGACAUUGGAAUAUGUUGCUACUGAUGAUUUGAGAGAUAAAUAUCCAAGAAAUGUGUUGCAAUAAUGAUGUGAAGAAAGGAACUGAUGUUUAAUUUUUUCAAAAGAAAGAUUUUGUUAAAAUGGCUGCAUUUUUAGUGGUUUUUUUUAUAAAUUAUUUAUACAUUUUGUUUUGAAAUAUAGGCAUUGUUCCCUUUAAAUGGUGAUUUAAAGAAGUAUAUACUGGUGUUAAGAGAGUGGACAUUACCUAAGAAUCUUGCCUGAAAAUGUUGCAUACCGAGUUUUGUCAUCUAAUGUGCAGUUUUAAAAUGAUUUUUAUAUUUGGUUAAUGUAUUUAUUAUUGUAGGCAAAUUUGUUCCAAUUUUACAUGAUUUUUUAAGUAAAAACUGCCACCAUUUUAUCGUUGCUGGUAUUUGUUUAUGUCAAAGAAUCAUGUUUUUGUUGUGAUAUAUUCAUCUGCAUGUGUAGAUGUAUUGUUUUAAUGUUAUUUUAGGGCAAGUAACUAUUAAUCAAUGUGUUCAUUGAUCAUUCAAAAUUGUUUGGUUUUUACUACAUUAAAAAGAGUAAAAACAUGUUAUGCUUUUGUUGGUGCGAAUCUUAAAGAAUAAAAAUACAAUGUACAUUUA